AUGCUGUCCAUGCUGCAGGAGAAGCGUCCGCUGAAGCGCACCCGCCUGGGUCCGCCGGACAUCUAUCCGCAGGACGCGAAGCAGCGCGAGGACGAGCUGACGCCCACGAACGUGAAGCACGGCUUCACGACGACGCCGCCGCUUUCUGAUGAAUUUGGGACGGCCCACAACUCGAAUGUGAACGCCAGCAAGGUGAGCGCCUUCUUCAGCGGCGUGCUGGCCAAGAAGGAGGAGCUGAUGACCCUGCCGGACACGGGGCGCAAGAAGCAGCAGAUCAACUGCAAGGACAACUUCUGGCCCGUCUCGCCGCGGCGCAAGUGCACCGUGGACGCCUGGUUCAAGGACCUCGCCGGAAACAAGCCCCUGCUCAGCCUGGCCAAGCGGGCGCCCUCGUUCAACAAGAAGGAGGAGAUUUUCAUCACACUGUGCGAGAACCAGGUGAACAUGCAGCGCGCCACCUGGUUCAUCAAGCUGAGCGCCGCCUACACGCUCAGCUUCACGGAGUCCAAGAACAAAAAGCGCAGCAUUUACGACCCGGCUGCCGAGUGGACCGGCAACAUGAUCAAGUUUAUGAAGGAGCUGCUGCCUAAGCUGCAGGAGUACUAUCAGCAGAGCCACGACAAGUCCUCUUCGAAUGGUAGCACUUCGGGAAGCCUGACUGCCUCCGGAAAUGGUUCCGGCAGCAAUGGAACCUCUGGCGGCAGCUCUAUUAACUCCGUGGCCGGCAGCAGUGCUCCAACGAACGUAAUCCCCGUGCCCAGCAUGGCCAGUCCCCUGCCGCCGAUCCACAGUCCAGCCAAUGGCCAACAAGGAGCACCCGGCCAACCUGUGGGUUCUGGCAGUGUAUUGCCGGCGACGGGAAGCCUUGGUGGAGUGGUAGGCGGACCCGGAUCUUCAGUAGUUGGAGGAGCCGCUGGCGCAGGAGCUGCAGUGCCGCCAGGCUCUACCAUUUCCGGAAUAGGGAGCCAGUUCGAAGACAGUCGUAACGCGCUUAAGUACUGGAAGUACUGUCAUCAACUGAGCAAGUACAUGUACGAGGAGUCCCUGUUGGACAGACAGGAAUUUCUAAACUGGAUCCUCGACCUGUUGGACAAGAUGCGUACCCAGGCGAGCUUCGACGAACCGCUGAAAAAGCUGGUGCUCAGCUUUGCCCUUCAGUAUAUGCACGACUUUGUUCAGUCAGAGCGUCUUUGCCGGAAGAUGGCCUACAUCGUGUCAAAGAAACUGGCUCAACUCCUCAACACUGUGGUGGAGCAGCAGGCCAUAAAAGAUCUGGACGAGCAAAAGUUGCAGCAGGAUCCCUAUGAGCUGGCGCUGCAGGAGCAGAUGAGUUGUCCGCAUCACAGGGACAUCGUGCUGUAUUUGAGCACGAUUCUGCAGAUCAUCACCAUCGAGUGCCCCACCGCUCUGGUCUGGAGCGGAAUAGCGGCUCACCGAGCACCAUCCUCGCUGUUGGGCAGUCCGUUGGAUCAUCUUCCGCUGGCGCCCUCUGUCCUGCCGAUGCCUACGCGCUGUCCGCGAACCAACCAGGAGAUCCGGCGACAACUACGUUCCGCCGAGUCGGAUAUUGUGCUGCGUACACAGCAUGCUGAGCAGCGCUGGUUCGCCGCCAAGUGGCUGAGUGCCGGCAAGAAUCACUACACCAGUGUGCUGGCCACACUGGACCACCUGGACACGCACUGCUUCGAUCGGAUGGAGCACAAUAACAGCAUCGACACACUAUACGCCCAUAUUUUUCCCAACCCAAGCGCCAGUCGUCGACGGGAGGAGGAUCAGCUGGAACCGCGACCAGCAUACGAACCGAAGCAGGACAAGGACACGGUGCGCAUACUGUGCGAGUGGGCUGUGUCUGGGCAGCGCUGGGGCGAGCACAGGGCCAUGGUGGUGGCCAUUCUACUCGACAAACGCCAGAUCGACGUGACCAGCACGCCGGCAGAUCAACAAUCCAGUGAUAAGGAUGACAAGGACUCGCUGGCAUCGGGUGCUGGCUUGAUCGAUGGCCUGCCUGUGUUCCAGCACGUCUUGAUGCACUUCCUCGACCACGACGCUCCCGUUUUGGAUGAGCACGUGAGCAGCACCCAGCAGCGGACCGAGUUCACCAAUCUUGUCCAGCUAUUCAGCGCCUUGAUUCGACAUGAUGUCUUUUCGCACAACGCCUACAUGCAUACGCUGAUAUCUCGGGGAGAUCUGCUGCUGGAGUCUGUGCUGGUGAUCAAAUCGGGAACGGCAGCCACGAAAACAUCUCCCCCACCUCCGGCUCCACCGCCGACGACGUCGCACGGAUUCGAUGAUGACGGAUUCGGCGCGGGCCUUGACUUUAAGCACGAGUUCGACGAUUCGAAUGUGGACGAUGAUCUUGACAAACUGGUACAGAACAUUAAGGAAAAGGGCCAACAUCACGACGCGCCCGACAGUCCCAAGAUCGGUCCUCCAGGCGAUGGGGAAACCAGCACUGGUGGUAGCAUAUCGCGGCACUACGUAUACACCAAGCACUUUCCCAUUCCCCAGGACGAUCCCAGUAUGAGCAGCUACAGUAGCGAAAGCAACCAGCGUUACAUCCUGCUGUUCGGAGUGGGUAAGGAACGGGACGAGAAAAAACACGCCGUCAAAAAGAUGUCCAAGGAGAUUGGCAAGCUCUUUACUAAGAAGUUUAGCAUCGAUGUGGCCGCUGCCGGUCAUGUGAAGAAGCACUCACGCAACGAGUUCAAUUUCGAAGCCACCACGUCCAAGUGCCAGCAAAUGGCCUAUUUUGACCAGCAUGUGGUCACCGCCCAGUGUGCGGCCAAUGUCCUGGAGCAACUGAACGGAUUCGCCUUGGGAAACAACAACUACCUACCGGUGCAGGAGCACGUAGCAUUCCUGUUCGAUCUGAUGGAGCUGGCUCUUAAUAUCUACAGUCUGCUGGAGCUGUGCGAUAGUCUACUGAAGGAGUUGCCAGAGGUGGAGCACCAGUUGCAGCUGAAAAAGUCAAACCUGGUGCGAAGUUACACGACCUCGCUGGCUCUCUACAUUGUAAGCAUCCUGCGCCGCUACCACAGUUGCCUGCUUCUUUCGCCGGAGCAGACGCUGUCCGUUUUUGAGGGAGUCUGUCGCACCAUCCGUCACGUAGCUAAUCCGAGCGAGUGCUCCUCUGCAGAGCGUUGUAUCAUCGCCUACUUGAGUGAUCUUCAUGAGUCCUGCGUCUUGCUGCAGGGAAAGGAGCAGUCCACGGAGUACUACCAGCAACUGCAGUGCAUCAAGCGUUUUAAGGACAUUUUCAACACUCCAGAACAGCUCGGCCUACCCCCUCAAGGCUACAAUCCGCAGUUGCUGCAGGAGCUGUUUAUGGCUCCACGACGCGGUGGUAAACUGGAUCCUCACUGGUUGGGAACGUUGCACGAGUCGCCGGCAAACGUAUAUAGCUUCGUAUCGAACGCCUUGAUUGCCGUAUGUCGAGAGACGGACAACGAGCGACUAAACGAUGUGGCUCUGGCAUGUGCCGAGCUGACCGCCAGCUGCAACGUCCUGUCCGAGGAGUGGAUUUAUGCUUUGCAGAGCCUGUGCAGCGGCAGUAAGAGUCCGCGGUAUCCACACCUGGGCGGACAAGUGGACAUUGGACAGGGCAAGACCCACAACGCCCUUGCCGUAUUCGUGUGUAUUCUGGUGGCCAGGCAUUGCUUCUCGCUAGCGGACUUCGUAAGUAAGUUCGCCCUGCCCACGUUGGCCCGGUCCGUGAGCGCUGGUGGAGCUGAAUUGAGCGUGGACGCGGAGGCGGGUGCUCGACUUACUUGCCACCUAGUGCUGAAGCUGUUCAAGACCCUGGAGAUUCCACAGCCGGGCAUGUACUCUGUGAGCACGUCCCCAAAUCCGCUCCACGCCGUUGGCAACGACUUUAGCAUACGAUUGAGCUGCGAUCGCCACCUACUCGUGGGCGCCCACAAGACCAUACCCAUAGCCGCCGUGCUGGCCGUGCUUAAGGCCAUUCUCAUUGUCGUGGACAAUGCAGCACUUAAGACUCCAAUAGCUGCUGGCAGCGGAUCAUCCUCCGGUGGAUUGGGCGGAGCUUUUGGAAGCGGCAAGCGCAGUGGCUUCAAUACUCCUGUUCAUCCGGGUAGCACGCCAAAAAGCAACGAACAGAGACCGGCUGACCUAAGCCAGAUCCUGGGCACGAGCGAUCUCCAGUUGGGCAGUAGUUUGACGAGCGAACCGGAAGCUUUGCAACAGCCGUCGGUCGGAGGAAUUGAACAGAUCUCACUGCUGGAGUUCGCCCAGGCGGUGCUCAAGCAAAUCUGCGCCCAGGAGCACGUCUUGGAAAGGUGCCUGAAGAACGCAGAGCAGCUGUGCGACAUGAUAAUCGACGAGAUGCUGACCGCCAAGCAGGCUCAGCGGGUUCUGCACAUGAUCUGCUAUCCGGAGGCCGAAUUCAACAUAAUCUCCGAGCUGGACCAACGCUCGAUGAUAGUGCGCAUUCUGGAGAAUCUGGGACAAUGGACCCUGCGUAUCUCUUGGCUGGACCUGCAGCUCAUGUACCGCCAAUCGCUGAGCAACAACGCGGAGUUGAAUGUCUGGCUUGACACGGUGGCACGCGCGGCCAUCGACGUCUUCCACAUGGAGGAGGUAGUUUUACCGGGCGCUCUUAAGGCGACACACAAGCCCAAACCGUCCACCUGGCUGGUGGCUCCACUCAUCGCCAAACUGACACCGGCAGUUCAGGGCAGGAUUCUGCGAGUUGCCGGUCAGGUGCUCGAGAGCAUGAACUACUUCUCCAAAGUGCCCAAGUCAGAUUGCAAUAGCUCGGGCAGCGGCGACGAGCGAGAGAAGAGCAACAGUUGUCACAGUAGCAACAGCUAUGGCCUGGGAGGCGUGGCCGCACGCAACAAGAAGAUGCCGCUUAACUACCAACCAUUCCUGGGCCUCAUCCUGACCUGUCUGAAGGGCCAGGACGAGUAUAAGGAGAACUUACUGGUUUCCCUCUAUGCCCAGCUUUCGCAAUGUCUGCAAUCCUUUGCUGAGCUGGACACAAUCGGUGGUAUUGAUGAGCCACAGGCACGUGAGGAGAUCCUUGAUGCUCUGCAGUUGCGCUUCUCGCUGGUGGGCGGCAUGUUCGAGGCCAUCCAGAAGAACAGCACCCCCACCACAGAUUGGGCCAUUCUCCUGGCUCAACUGGUUUGCCAGGGCGUAGUGGAUCUCAGCUGCAAUCGUGAGCUUUUCACCACCGUGGUGGACAUGCUGGCUACCUUGGUGCAUUCGACUCUGGUCUCUGAUGAUGAGAGACACUACAUGAACCUGAUGAAGAAGCUGAAGAAGGAAAUUGGAGAGAAGAACAACGCCUCCAUUCGGGUCAUCCGGCAGCUUCUGCCGCUCUACAAGCAGCCCACCGAAGUAAUAGCCUGUGAGCACGCUGGCAUGGACACUAAGGGGAACAAGAUCUGCGACAUGGACAAGAAGCAACUGCGCAUAUCGGACAAGCAGCGCAUAAGCGUGUGGGACAUAUUGGAAGGACACAAGAACCCGGCGCCCCUUUCGUGGGUGUGGUUCGGGGCAGUGAAGCUGGAGAGAAAGCCUCUCACCUACGAGGAAGCUCAUCGCAAUCUGAAGUACCACACUCACAGUCUGGUCAAGCCCAGUAGCUACUACUAUGAGCCGUUGCCGCUGCCGCCCGAGGACAUUGAACCCGUGCCUGAGAAAAUUUUUGUAAAGGACGAAAUGAAGGCGGACACGCCUUCCUCAGUGGAUCAGUCGCCAAGCGCUGGGCCGGGUGGCACUGGAAGGGGCCGCGGCAAGGGAACGACCACGCGAAAACGCAAGCCCAAGAACCCAAAGACGCCGCCCGUCGUCAACACUCAACAACAGCAGCCUCAGCUGGCGCCACAACCCCAGCAGCCGCAGAAUGUUCAACAGCAGCAAUUGCAGCAGCAGCAGCAACAACAGCAGCAGCAACACAUGCAACAGCAGCAGAUGCAGCCGAAUCCAAUGAAUCAGAUGCCAAUGAAUAUGCCGAUGAACAUGCAGCAGUUUGCACCCAAUCCGAACAACAUGAUGCAGCAGAACGCCAUGUUGCAGCAACAGCAGCAGAUGCAGCAAAUGGGCAACAAUCCGCUGCAACAACAGCUGAAUGUGGGCGGUGGCAACGGGCAGCAGAAUCCCCAGAUGAACUUUAUGCAGCAGGGACCGGGAGGCGGCGGAGCCGGACCGCAAGGCAUGCCGGGCCAGCAGCAGCAGUGGCACAAUGCCCCGCAGCAGCAGCAACCGCCACAGCCGUACCACAACCAGUACGCUCCGCACCAGCAGAAUAUGCAAUCGAAUCGCAUCGAGAGGCCGCCACUGAAUGCCAACUCCAAGCAGGCCCUGUCCCAGAUGCUCCGUCAGCGGCAGCCGUUCCAGCAGCAGCAGCAGGCGCAACAGGGGCCCGGUGGCGGUUUCAAUCCGAUGCAGCAGCAACCCCAGCCGUCCCAACAACAGCCGGGUCCCCAGCAGCAGAUGAAUCCCAACCAGAUGCGACAGCAACAAAUGAAUGCCCAACAGAAUCCUCAGUCGGUGGCCGCCUUCAAUGCCCUGCAACAGCAGCAGCAGCAGAACGCCCAGCAGCAACAGAUGAAUCCCAACCAGCAGCAACAACAGCAGUUCAUGCGCGGCGGCAACAUGCGACCCGGUAUGGCGCCCAACCAGAUGAAUCAAAUGAACAUGGGAGGCCAGGGCAUGCCGCAGAACCCAAUGAUGCAGCAGCAGAUGCCACAGAACAUGGUGGGCAUGGUCAAUCCGAAUGCGAACCAAAUGAUGCAGACCGGUGGUGGAGCUCAGGGAGGCAAUGGAGUGGGAGUUGGAGUCGGAGUUGGUGUCGGCGUGGGCGUUGGCGGCGCUGGCAACAAUCCCAACAUGGGCAUGGGAGGCAUGCCCCAACAGGGAAUGAUGCAACAACAGCCGCAGCAGCAACCCCAACAGCAGGUCCAGUUCCAGAACUUCCAGAAUCAGUACCAGCAGCAGCAGCAACAACAGCAGCAGGGCAUGCAGCAACAGGGCGGCGGAGCAGGCGUUGGCGUUGGUGUUGGAGUGGGUGUGGGCAUGGCGCCCAAUCAGCAGCAACAGCAGCAGGCCAACAUGAUGGGCAACUUCAAUCCGCAGAUGCAACAGGCGAAUCGCAACAAUCCCGACUUCAUGGCGGUCGCCGCAGCUGCUCAGCAGCAGCAGCAACAACAGCAACAACGAGUUGUGCCCGGAGGAAUGAUGGCCGGAAAUCGGAACCAGUACAUGAACCAGGCGCCCAACGUAACCAUGUCCAACAUGAUGGGUCCGGGACCCGGAGGGGUGGUCGGUCAGGUUCCACCCUACGCCCGUCAGCAGUCGGCGGGAGGCGGCAAACCGGGCGUCUUAAACACCCAGCAACAGUUCCAGCAACAGCAGCAGCAGCAACAACAGCAGCUAAGGCACCAGCAAAUGAUGCAGAUGCAGGGCAUGGGUGGUGGCGCCGGCGGGGGAAUGGGAUCCGGGCCGCAGCAGGCGGGCGGAGCCGUUGGUGGAGGCGGUGGUGGCGGAAUGGUGCCGCAGCAACAAAGCAUGAACCAGCAACAGACGCCCAACCUGGUGGCUCAGCUGCAGCGCCAGAACAUGAUGGGCCAGCAGCAGUACCAACCGCCACCUUACUAGAUCAUAGACACUCCUUAGUUGUAAGCCUAGUCCUAAUCAUUUAUUUAUCAGAUGUAUUUGCAAUAAACGUACAUUCAAAACAAAAA